CCAGUUGACCAGAAGAGAAGUUCAAAUUCCUAUGUUGGUGAAAGAAAUAACACAAAUAUUCUUCUUGAAACCCCACACGGCGUACGAAUACAUGUAAUUGACCAAAUUACAUCCAUUAGAAGAAGAAGUAGCAGCAGCAACAACAGAAGAAAUUGUUCAAAACAUCAAGAAAUCAAAAGAUUAAAGAAAGAAUGGAAAGGGGUGAAGAAAGGGAGCUAACCAACUAUGACUUACAAGUAUCUUUCUCAGCACCUCCUUCUCAUGCCAAUAAUAUCCAUGAUUUGGGGUUUGUACACUUUGCAGAUCAUAACCAGAUGAUGAGCUUCUUAGCUCCUCCUUCCUCACACUCACAACUGUCUUCUCAACUACCUCAGCCUCUACAAGCUGCUGCCACCACCACCGUCACGCCUCCCACCACCACCACAAACGCCACCGUUGCAGCCGCCUCAAAUAACAUUAGCAGUGCCCUAGGGUUUAACCACAACGAACUUGUCAAUAGACCUUCUUGGAAUAACAAUCAGGUGGAAACACUAGAUCCCAAGAUUGUUAAUGACGAAAAUUGCAGCGGUAAUGCCAGCGAGGGUAACAAUUCAUGGUGGAAGAAUUCAUCUUCAGACAAAGGAAAGGUGAAGAUAAGGAGAAAGCUAAGAGAACCAAGGUUUUGUUUCCAAACAAGGAGUGAUAUUGAUGUUCUUGAUGAUGGAUAUAAAUGGAGAAAAUAUGGCCAAAAAGUUGUCAAGAACAGCCUUCAUCCCAGGAGUUACUAUAGAUGUACACAUAGUAAUUGCCGAGUGAAGAAGAGAGUUGAAAGGCUUUCAGAAGAUUGCCGUAUGGUAAUAACAACCUAUGAAGGUAGACAUAACCAUUCUCCUUCUGAUGAUUCAAACUCUUCCGAACAUGAUUGUUUCACCUCUUUCUAGAAAAAUCAGAGCUUAUGUAUAUACUACCUCUUUCAAACCAAAUAUUAUAUUGUCACAAAUCAUUAUAUUGUCAUGUUACUAUGGUGGAUUUUAUUACUUUGUUACGUUAGAUUCUUAUUUCGUAUUAUGUAUGGCUUAACAAUAUGUCAAGCCCAUAAUUUAUAUUUAAUAUAUA